UUGCCAGAGUCCAUGCCGCAUCGUCUGUGGAGCCUGCCAUGGUGAGAUUGUGAGAUGCUGGUUCGGGACCAUGGAUGGGAAUGUUGUUGAUGGUAAAUGGGAAAUGCAGGGUCCAUCAUCGAAGAUGGCCCAGCCGGAUCGUCGGGCGCACGCAUUUCAUUUUGGGCUGCCUCGGGCUGGGCGUACCUGACGCAGCGCACAGCACAGCGUAUCUGCCGCUCGCCGGACAAGUGUUCACCGCCUUCCCCAUUCGUCUCAUUGUGAAAGUCACCAUCACCACCAAACUUUCUUGUGAGGCUCUCAUCCCAAAUUGAGCACGGAGGCAGCGCACGAUCCUGUUGCAGCAGCAAAAUGGUCACCGAAGGCAAGAAGAAAGCGCAUCGCGCGCAGUACCAAAAGUCGAAAGCCCAAGAUGGCCUUGCCCAGCUACCACGGAAACGCUUCUAUCGACAGCGAGCGCAUGCGAAUCCCUUCUCAGACCAUACCCUCACCUACCCAGCCUCGCCGGACGCGAUGGAUUGGUCAACAUACUUUCCAGACUACGUACAGGAUUCGGCCUCGGAUGACGUGAGUCCGAAGCGAUUGACCAAGGAUGUCGAAGUGGUGGACAUUGGGUGCGGCUUUGGAGGGCUCUUGAUGGCGCUAUCGCCACUUCUACCAGAUAAACUCAUGCUAGGUCUCGAAAUUCGGUCUCAGGUCACAGCCUACGUCCAGGAGAAAAUAUGGGCUCUGCGCACCCAGAACCCCGGAGGUCCCUACCAGAACGCCGCCUGUCUUCGUGCCAACACCAUGAAGUUCCUCCCCAACUUUUUCCGCAAGGGUCAACUCAGCAAGAUCUUCAUCUGCUUCCCCGACCCGCACUUUAAAGCCCGCAAGCACAAGGCGCGCAUCAUCUCGACGACGCUCAACUCGGAGUACGCGUACGCGCUCCGGCCGGGAGGUAUCGUCUACACGAUUACGGACGUCAAGUCGUUGCACGAGUGGAUGGUGGAGCAUCUGGAUGCGCAUCCGUCAUUCGAGCGGUUGAGCAAGGAAGAAGAAGAGGCGGACGAGUGCACAAAGGUCAUGAUGACGGAAACGGAGGAGGGGAAAAAGGUUACGCGGAACCAAGGUGAGAAGUUCGUCGCGCUGUUCCGGCGCCUGGAGGAUCCGCCGUGGUGAGUGGGUAGUAUGAAUAAAGAGCUGUCUGGUCCAUUUGAGAAGGCGUAUACUGCCAUUGGGUGUGAUGAUAAUCAAGGAUGAGGCCCUAUCUGCGACAGGAAGCUGGCAAGUACAU